CGUAACAGAGUUGCGAGCUAAUGAAAUUACGCACGUAAUCGCGAUGGGUUUCUCGAAAGGCAGAACGUUUUCUUCUGCUGAUAGAAGAUGUUCCAUUGGUUACGACUGGGAGCGAUCGUAGGAUUAUCGGUAUGGUGGACGAUCGUGGUGAACGGUGAGGGGAACGUGAUACGGAACGAGGACGUUUGCGGGGUUCAAAACGGGCGGCGAUUGUACUUGGAACUCGGCGAGAAGGGUGUCUUAUACGCGAAGAACGUCUCGUUCGCGAAGAACGAGCCGAGGCAAGAUGGUUCACGAGCGUACACGAGCGGUAGCAACGGUAACAGCACCAGCUCCCAUGCUCAAUGCAGCCUCGAGCUGGUUACGUGCCCGUCCUGUGUGAUAAUCGUUACCUUCGAGAGCAUCGCGUUGUCGCAUCACUGCGGCGAUGGUAGUGUCACGUUGGAUAGUCCGUGCAGAUGCGACUAUGUGUGGAUCUCUGAGCCGCCGUACGAGGAUGUAUCUGGGACUCCAUUCUGUGGUUUGUAUGCGCCGAUCACGUACAGAUCCAGCACGAGGACUUUGUCGAUCACGCUGUUCUACAGCCAGUCACAUACACACGCGUUUACACUCGAAUACAUGGCGGAGAGAAACAGAUUGCAACUGAAAGGGACUGAGCUGACGGCGAAUGGACAAGCCGCCAAGGGUUUGAACAGCACUGGAGGUGGGAUUCUGACGUCUCCGUUCUUCCCUGCUCGCUAUCCUCGGGAUUUAGGUUUGGAAUACAUAGUCACGUGUCCGAGCGAAGCUCCGUCCUGUCGAAUCAGGUUGCUCUUCAGCGACUUCCAACUGGCAACUGUAUCUAUAAUGGAGUUCUACGACUGGAAUGGGCAACGCCUGGACGUAAGUAGCGGCGCGAGGUUUCGACCACCAGUGAUAAUGAGCUCUGGUCCGUCGCUGCUAAUACGAUUCUAUGCCAACGGUGGUACCGGGCUAGGCUACAAAGCUUUCUAUUCGUUCGUGAUCGGCCAUCCGUUGGACAAGUCCGUGCAACCGAUAACAGACUGUGGCGGGUAUGUAGAGAACCUCGGUGGUACCAUCACUAUGAUGGACAUGGUCACCGAAGGGGUGAAGACGUACGACUGCGUAUGGCUGAUCAGGCCACCGAAAAAUUUUCUCCAUAUGAAGACACAUAUGUAUUUGAAAGUAAUCACCUUCGCGGAUAUGGCUGGGAACACAGAGCUGCUUGUGAAGCAGGGACCGACAUCGGCCCUCCAACCCCUCGAGAUCCUCCGUCACCCGGCGAGUCAGGUGCAACCACCGAGGCACCACGAACACGUGGCUCCUGUGACGAGCGGAUUUCACGUGAGUCUUCGCGGAACGUUCGGGCCGCCGUCGCAUCUCGCCAUCGCUUACGCGGCCUUCAGCUACAUGGACUGUUUCGCGGGCUCGGACUUUCUUUGCCGGAACCACAGGUGCAUACCGAGCCAGCUGAACUGCGACGGGUUCGAUCACUGCGGCGACAACAGCGACGAGCCGGCUACGUGCUUCCGUGAUUGGGAGGUCGAGCCGCAGGAUCGGAAGUGGCAUGCGAACAAGGCGAACUACUACUUCCCGAAGAUCGACCGAUACCCGGACCUGAAGACUGCCACUCUGGUGUUCGUCGCUAGCAGCCUCGGUUUGAUCGUGCUCAUCUCAGCGCUGAUCAUCCUCUUGUAUAAAAUGGGCGCCAGGGCGAGACAACAGAGGGAAUUGCAGUCGAGGUUACAAACGAUCAGCGAGCUUCUAGUGUUCGAUAUCACAGACGGGGCGCGAAUCGACGAGAUAUCGGUUCCCGACGAUCCUCCGAUGUACGAGGCACCGCCUGGCUACGACGAGGUCGUCAAGCUCGGGCUCGAGACGGAAAUCGUCGCGCGGAAGAAGAGAAGACUCCUGGGCCGCGAGACGCGAAACAGGAACUCCCCGAGUCAAAGCUGCUCGCAGGACGCCGGCUUGUCCUCCGUUUGUUCCGUGGUCGAAGCAGCGAGCACCAGCAACGAGAACAACGCUGAUCAAGGAGUCCCCGUUCCGAAGACUACCGUUCGGUUACCAGAGAGUCCGCCGCCUCCGUACGUCACUCCUCCGGGAUCGAUAUCACGGAACUUCGGCGUGCUCGGGUUCACGGCUACCUCGAACGCACGUGAACGAGAAGAUGACGAGGAAGAAGAACUGUCUCGUCGCGACUGGUUCCGUCAAGCCGGUGAUCAGUUCUCUCCCGCCAAGGCUCCGACGGCGAGCACCGAGACUCUCGAGCGCGUGUCGUUGUCCGUCGACGUGGACCUUCUCGGUGCGUAUCCUCGGAAUCUCGAAGACGGUUUGAAUCAAACGGCAGACGUCUCCUGUGAUCCGCAGCGGAGGAUCUCGCCCGCUGCUUCGACCGAUACGGACUCGAGAGACGAAGAAGGCGUUGCCGCAGAGGAGGCGAUGGAAACAGGCGAGGCGCCUCAACUUUCAACGGUCGAGGAGCCAACGGACGGCGAACGGGUUCUCGAUACGGUCGUGGGUCGCGUCAGUUGCAUCGUUAGGUCAUUGGAGAACGUCGGCGGAUGUUCCUGCGAAGGUGCCUGUGGCUGCGCGACUGUUCAGCGAUCCUCGUCCUUCAGGGAACGAAGAAUCUCCCGGCUCUGGCCUGCUCGUUGCCCAUCCGUUGAACAAUACCUAACCGACAAGCUUAACGCGGAGAAAGACAGGAGGGAGCAAGAAACUAAGAGGAAAGUGACGGAGGAGGAGGACGAGACCGAGGAGGAAGAAGACGAAACGAGUUCCUUCAAAUCGAGAAGUACAAUUGUCAGAUUGCUCGGAGCGAGGAAACGUCAGCACAGCGGUAGCGGAGGGUCCAUGGCCUCGACGACGACCUCGACUCCUCGCGGCACCCUCCGCAGAUCAGUCAGGAAAUUCUCGGUGUAUACUCGCGACGGCUGUUUCCGCAGGACGUCCUCGUCCGCCUCGGCGAUCAGGUCUAUCAGCAGUUAUGAGAAAUUGAACAACAGCGAGUUCGAGAGGGGCAACUUGCAUGCUUCCGACCCAGCGAUGAUCGCCUACGGACAGCGGAGAGUCUGCGCGCGAUCGUACGCCAGCUGCGAUCUGGAGAGUCUCUACGAGAGUAUCAAGAUCUUAGACGGGUUCUUAGCGAGGAAGGGCUUGGUCCCACACAAUCGAAAGCAGUCGGUGACGGUGAUGCUCUUUGGAACGCCUGAACACCGAACGAUUCGACGUCGUGACACUGGAAACGAAGAAGAGAGGAUUCGAGGCGAAAUUCGCGUCUCGCGCUACAGUUUGGACGCUCUUUCCAACUGAUCAUGAAUUAAGUACGAUCUCGUCUCGUCUUUUCGGACGAGAACGGUCUAGAGAGAUUGGUUACAUUUUACUUUAAAACUCGAACGAAGGAAGGUGAGGGGAAGAAAUCGUGAUGUAUUUCGAAAUCGAUUUAUUUCGUAUCGUUGGCAUGUAAAGAUAAAAGCUCUGGAUCGAUUCACUUUUGUUUCCCUUUUCAGUGUAAGUAAGUUCUGUUGUCAAAGAGACGUAGUAAAAUAUAUGUCUAUGUA